GAAACAGGAAGUACUUUGUAUGUCAGAAAUAUUAUUGGAAAUCACCGUAAUCGUUGACUCAUUUCUUUUGAUAGUGUCUUUGUUCGAGACUUUUCGAUAGCAAUUUUCAUAUUGUUAUUUAUUUAAAAUCCAACUUAGAAGACUUAUAAUUCAUUGUGUAGAAGAAAAUCUGUCAAAUAUCAUCAAAACUGAAGAAAGCCGCUCAAGCAAGUCGGAUGUUCAUGUUGUGAACCCACUUGUUGAUGUCCAGUUGCACGGAUUCUGAGGGUCCUCCUGCCAAGAAACAGAGACAAAAUAACACAGAACAUAAUAGUGAAAAUUCCGCUUCAAAUUCUGCAAAAGAAGGAUUUACAAUGGGAUCAAAGCCAGUAAAGAAUUCAAAUAGCCCCAAAAAGGUCAACAUGUCACAGAAUGGGACGAGUGAAACUGACAUUGAUGAAAGUCUGUAUUCCAGACAGCUAUAUGUACUUGGCCAUGAAGCCAUGAAAAAGAUGGCCAGCUCCAAUGUCCUCAUUUGUGGAAUGAAAGGAUUAGGAAUAGAGAUUGCUAAAAAUGUUGUUCUUGCUGGUGUUAAAUCUGUUACUAUACAGGACACAGAACAAACAACCUGGUAUGAUUUCAGUUCACAGUUUUUCUUGAGAGAGAAGGACAUGGGGAAGAACAGAGCUGCUGCUUCUCUAGAUAGACUUUCAGAAUUAAAUAGUUAUGUACCAAUUAGUUCCAGCACUGAUCCCUUGUCAGAAAGCUUUCUCAAAAGCUUCCAGGUUGUAGUAUUGACAAACUCUCCACUUGAUGAGCAGAUAAAACUUGGUGAAUAUUGUCAUGCAAAUGGAAUCAAACUGAUAGUAGCUGAUACGAAAGGUUUAUUUGGAGAAGUGUUCUGUGAUUUUGGAGAGGGUUUCAUGGUAAAUGAUUCUGAUGGAGAACAACCAAUCAGCAACAUGGUGGCUGCAGUUACAAAGGACAAAGAAGGAGUAGUAACCUGUUUGGAUGAAUCUCGUCAUGGUUAUGAGGAUGGUGAUUAUGUUACAUUCUCAGAAAUUAAAGGAAUGACAGAGUUGAAUGGAUGUGAAGCUCGCAAAAUUAAAGUUUUAGGCCCUUAUACAUUUAGUAUUGGAGACACAACUGGUUUAUCCACUUAUGAAAGAGGAGGAAUUGUUACACAAGUCAAAAAACCAAAAGAAAUGAAAUUUAAAUCAAUCAAAAAUGCAAUGAAUGCACCAGAGUUUGUUUUGACGGACUUUGCCAAAUUUGAUCGACCAGGACAGUUACAUAUUGCUUUUCAAGCCCUGUCUGAAUAUGUGAAGUCAAAAGGACAGUUGCCUAAGAGCAGAUCUAAAGCUGAUGCAGAAGCUUUUGUUGCUGUUGCCAAAGAAGUUAAUAGUAAAUCUGGAGCUAAGGUUGAUGAGCUUGAUGAAUCUCUGAUGAAGGAGUUCUCUUAUUCUGCUAGAGGAGAGUUAUGUCCCUUGGCAGCUGUUAUUGGUGGAAUUGCAGCACAGGAAGUAAUGAAAGCUUGUUCAGGAAAAUUUGGUCCAGUUAAUCAAUAUUUAUAUUUUGAUGCUUUAGAAUGUCUACCUGAAGAGAAUGCAGACAGUAUACUUACAGAAGAAACCUGCAAACCUCUAAACUGUAGAUAUGAUGGUCAGAUUGCAGUAUUUGGCAAAGAUUUUAUUAAGAAAAUGGGUGCACAAAAAUACUUUCUGGUAGGGGCCGGUGCAAUUGGAUGUGAGAUGUUGAAGAACUGGUCUAUGAUGGGACUGGGUUGUGAUGGAGGAAAAGUAAUCGUUACAGAUAUGGACAUCAUAGAGAAAUCAAACCUCAACAGACAGUUUCUCUUCAGACCAUGGGAUGUACAGAAACCAAAAUCUGGUACUGCAGCUAAAGCUGCUAAGGAAAUGAAUCCUUCUUUUAACAUCAUAUCACAGGAGAAUAGAGUUGGUGGAGAGACAGAAAAUAUUUAUACCGAUGAAUUCUUUGAAGAACUAGAUGGUGUCACAAAUGCUUUAGAUAAUGUUGAUGCAAGAAUGUAUAUGGAUAGACGUUGUGUUUAUUACUGUAAACCCCUGCUGGAAUCAGGGACACUAGGAACAAAAGGAAAUAUACAAGUUGUUCUCCCACACAUGACAGAGUCGUAUUCAUCGUCACAAGACCCUCCAGAAAAAUCCAUUCCCAUUUGUACGUUAAAAAAUUUCCCAAAUGCUAUUGAGCAUACAUUACAGUGGGCUCGUGAUCAGUUUGAAGGAUUGUUUAAUCAGCCAGUAGAGUCAGCUCUACAGUACCUCAUUGACCCUAAAUUUAUGGAGAGAACAUUGAAAUUGCAAGGAACUCAACCAACUGAAACUUUGGAAACAGUAAAGAAAGCUUUGACCACAGAGAGACCAAAGGACUUUCAAGAGUGUGUAGCUUUUGCUCGUAAUCUUUUCCAAGAGAAUUACAAUAAUUCGAUAAGACAACUUCUGUUUAACUUUCCAUCAGAUCAGGUUACAUCAUCAGGGGCACCUUUCUGGUCAGGACCUAAACGAUGUCCACAUCAUGUAGAAUUCAGUAUCAAUAAUGAUGUCCAUGUAGAUUUUGUUGAAUCAUGUGCUAAUCUACGUGCUGAAAUGUAUGGAAUACCACAAGUUCGUGAUAGAAACGCAAUCAAAAGUAUGAUUGGAAAGGUCAAAGUUCCAGAGUUCACACCAAGGUCAGGAGUGAGAAUAGAUGUGAAUGAUGCUGACAUGGAAAAUAACAGAGGUUCAGGAUCUUUUGAUGAAAAUCAAUUAGAAGAAUUACAAAAGUCUAUACCACCUCCAGACAGUUUAAAGGAAUUAAAAUUAACACCUAUUGACUUUGAGAAAGAUGAUGACACAAAUUAUCAUAUGGACUUCAUUGUUGCUUGCUCAAAUUUACGUGCUGAAAACUAUGAUAUCCCACCGGCAGAUAGACACAAGAGUAAAUUGAUUGCAGGAAAAAUCAUUCCAGCUAUAGCAACCACAACAGCUUUAGUAGUUGGUCUUGUGUGUAUAGAAUUGAUCAAAAUAGUACAAGGACAUAAGAAAAUGGAGUCUUACAAAAAUGGUUUUCUGAAUUUAGCAUUGCCAUUCUUUGCCUUUUCAGAACCAAUUGCUGCCAAAAAGAGCAAGUAUAAUGAUGAAGAAUUCACACUAUGGGAUAGAUUUGAAGUACAGGGUGACAUGACAUUACAGGAAUUAUUAGAUUACUUCCAGAAAAAUUACAACUUAGAGAUCACAAUGUUAUCACAGGGAGUUUCCAUGCUGUUUUCUUUCUUCAUGGCACCAGCAAAAGCUAAAGAAAGGAAAGCUUUACCGUUAACAGAAGUAGUGAAGAGGGUAUCAAAGAAGAAAAUUCCAAGUUAUGUACGAGCUCUAGUCUUAGAAAUUUGUUGUUACGAUAAGGAUGGAGAAGACGUUGAAGUUCCAUACGUUAAAUUCAAUCUACCAAAACAGUGAUAGUAUAAGACAAUUAGUUGUACAGUUAGCAUUCUAUUACAUUCAUCAACCGUGUUCAUUUUCCAGUAAGAAGCAAAACGCAUAUCUACUUUUUCUAGAAAGAACAAAAGCAACAGACUUAAUCCUGACUGAUAUAGUAUCUUAGAAUUGCAUAAUAUAGAUUUAAAUCUAUGAAUAAAAGUGCUACAUAUAUAAUUUAUGUUUUGGACAAAUACCUUUGUCAGAAUUGUGUUUACUACAAAAAAUUGUUUAUUUAUUGAUAUAAAACAUUGUUUAUACAAUAUUGUAAAUUAAGUGCUAUUGGCUUCAUUGAAAGUUGCUGGUUGUUAGUCUCAUUUGUGAUAAAUAUUUGAUCCAUCAUUUUUUGCAUUGUGCACCUCUCAUUAUUUGUUUCAUUUCUUGUCAUAUAAUUAUUUAUUUCACUAUGUGAUAAUCACAUUAAAUAAGCUUAGGUGUUGGAAAAGUAGUUCAUACAUCAUCUCCUUUGUGGACAAUAUGAAUAUUCAGUCUUAUAUCCAGUAUUUUGGUCUGGAUAUCGCUUUUCUUUAUCUCUUUAUAGGAUUUGAUUCAUAUACAUUUUCUAGUGGGAAGACACAAAGUUGCUAUAAAAUUAUUAAACCAUUUCAUGACAAAACAGUUGUGAAAUAUAUAUUAUGGAAAACCUCCUGUGAACACUUUUUUCUAGUGAAUUAAAAAAUAAAUUAUAUGUCUAAUGUUAUCUUUUGAAAAUUAACAUGUUUGCAUGAAAUGGUGAACAUAAUGCAUCCAAGUUUAAAGUUAAAAAAAAAGAUUUCUCGUACAUUGAUCUGUAUAUAUGAUGUUUUGUAGGCAGAGCCCAUUUUCAUACUUGAAUAUUUGUUUGUGCAAAUAAAAUUAUUAUUUUUCUAUGUGAACAAUGUGUAUAUGAUAUAGAUUGGAUUUCUUUCUAGUGCAUUGAGAAAAAAAUUGAUGGAAGAAAAGUUGAACAUUUUGUUUCUUAACUUGGUCCUUUAUUUUGAUGGCCUUUCUCUUAAGGUAAAUAGUGCUAUUGUAAAACAAAAAAGGGCUUAAUAGAAAAAAAAUUACUAAGAUUAUUCAAUAAAUGCAUUUUAUGAUGAGAUGAAAAUCUUUAUUGGUAUGCAUAUCAUAAGUUUGUAUUUGGAAUAUAUAUUAACAUAUAUUUAUAUAUGUAUUUCUUUCUGAACAGCUUUAUUUAUUGCUGGUUUUCGUUUUCUGUUGUCUGGUUAUACAGAUAUGAAUAUACAGAAAUUACAAAUUAAAAUGCACUAGUAGA